AUGUCAGAAGUGGACAAAGCACGAACGGCUGUGCGUGAGGAAGACACUAUUUUUGGACAAAUUAUUCGUAAAGAGAUAUCAGCAAAAGUUCUGUACGAAGAUGACGAGGUGAUGGCAUUUCACGACAUCAGUCCACAGGCUCCAGUUCACUUCUUGGUAAUACCGAAAAAACGGAUCGGAAUGUUGCAAGAAGUUGAGGAUGUGGUAGUUGACUGGAGCCAAACGCGGGUAGCCAUUAUCGGCCAAACUUCCAGGAUAAUGUCAGAAGUGGACAAAGCACGAACGGCUGUGCGUGAGGAAGACACUAUUUUUGGACAAAUUAUUCGUAAAGAGAUAUCAGCAAAAGUUCUGUACGAAGAUGACGAGGUGAUGGCAUUUCACGACAUCAGUCCACAGGCUCCAGUUCACUUCUUGGUAAUACCGAAAAAACGGAUCGGAAUGUUGCAAGAAGUUGAGGAUGUGGUAGUAAUUACAUUGUACACUACUCUCGUAAUAGGACCUAAAUUCCGAAAAUUUCAACAAUGGGCUGCUUUGACACUCUCCUUGGAAACUGAGGGAACUUGGGUUCGGUCCCGACCCUUCUCCUCAAUCUCAAUAUUUCUGUUUCGAUUUUUCGACAUAGUCAAUUAUUUUCAUAUUCAAUUUUUCUUUACAUGGGAGGGUUACUUCAUCUUCACGCGAUUAGUAGACAGUGGUGCACUAUAUACCUUGCGCAAUCUCUGA